AUGGAUAAUGAAUACAAUCGAUAUUAUAUAAAAAUUCAAACUAUUUUGGGGAUAAAUCCAAAGACAAUUCACGAAGAACUUGCAACAGCUUUGGGACCCAAGGCUCCAUCAUAUCCAACAGUUGCAGAGUGGGUAAAGCGUUUCCGUGCUUACAGAUGAAAAUAUUGAAUUAGUACGACAGGUUAUCAACAAUGAUCCACAUUCAACUUAUGAUGAUAUUAUAGCUGAGACAUCUCUCUCUCUCGUGGUACAAUAGAACAAAUUAUC